GAGCAAACACCCCCUCCUCCCCGGGCCCCCAUCCCAAUUUCUGCUCGCUGUUCGGAGCCUGCCCUGCCCGGACGCUGGAGCUCGGGGACCAAGACGGCGCCCCAGAGCGGACGAGGUGUCAAGAUGCUGCAAGUACAUAGAACCAGAGUGGGCAGACUGGGGGUCAGCUUCUCCAAGGGUCUUCACCACAAGGCUGUGGUGGCCCUCAGGCGGGAGGAUGUGAAUGCUUGGGAGAGAAGAGCUCCUCUAGCCCCCAGGCACAUCAAAGGCAUCACCAAUCUGGGAUACAAGGUUUUGAUACAGCCUUCAAAUCGGCGGGCCAUCCAUGAUAAGGAAUAUGUUAAAGCUGGUGGCGUUCUUCAGGAGGAUAUUUCUGAAGCUUGUCUAAUUUUGGGAGUUAAAAGACCUCCAGAGGAAAAAUUAAUGUCCAGGAAGACUUAUGCAUUUUUCUCCCAUACCAUAAAAGCUCAAGAGGCCAAUAUGGGCUUGUUGGAUGAGAUUCUAAAACAGGAAAUUCGACUUAUUGAUUAUGAGAAAAUGGUGGACCAUAGAGGUGUCCGAGUAGUAGCAUUUGGACAGUGGGCCGGCGUGGCAGGGAUGAUCAACAUUUUACACGGAAUGGGUUUGAGACUCCUUGCUUUGGGACACCAUACACCUUUUAUGCAUAUUGGCAUGGCCCACAACUACAGGAAUAGCAGUCAGGCUGUGCAAGCUGUCCGUGAUGCUGGCUAUGAAAUAUCUCUGGGCUUGAUGCCAAAGUCGAUAGGGCCCUUAACAUUUGUGUUCACAGGGACUGGCAAUGUAUCCAAGGGAGCCCAAGAAAUCUUCAAUGAGCUACCUUGUGAAUAUGUGGAGCCCCAUGAAUUAAAAGAAGUUUCCCAAACUGGAGACCUCAGAAAAGUGUAUGGGACGGUGUUAAGUCGCCAUCAUCAUCUUGUCAGGAAAACAGAUGGUGUAUAUGAUCCUGUAGAGUAUGACAAAUAUCCUGAGCGCUACAUAAGUCGUUUUAAUACUGAUAUUGCACCCUAUACAACCUGCUUAAUCAAUGGAAUCUACUGGGAACAAAACACCCCUCGCUUACUAACCCGCCAAGAUGCUCAAAGUCUCCUGGUUCCAGCCAAGUCCUCAGUUGCUGGUGUGGAAGGCUGCCCCACGUUGCCACACAAACUUGUGGCAAUAUGUGACAUUUCAGCAGACACGGGAGGAUCUAUAGAGUUUAUGACUGAGUGUACGACAAUAGAGCAUCCCUUCUGCAUGUACGAUGCGGAUCAGCAUAUUAUCCAUGACAAUUUCGAAGGCUCUGGGAUUCUAAUGUGUUCCAUUGACAAUUUGCCAGCACAGCUUCCAAUUGAAGCCACAGAAUGCUUUGGAGACAUGCUUUACCCUUAUGUUGAAGAAAUGAUAUUAUCAGAUGCCACACAGCCUCUUGAAAGUCAGAAUUUUUCUCCUGUGGUGAGAGAUGCAGUGAUUACAUCCAACGGUACAUUACCUGAUAAAUAUAAAUAUAUCCAGAAACUCCGGGAAAGCAGGGAACAUGCUCAGUCACUUUCAGUGGGCACCAAGAAAAAGGUCUUGGUUCUUGGAUCUGGCUACGUAUCUGAACCUGUAUUAGAAUACCUGUCAAGAGAUGGCAAUAUAGAAAUAACAGUAGGCUCUGACAUGAAGAAUCAAAUUGAACAGUUAGGCAAGAAAUAUAAUAUUAAUCCUGUUAGCAUGGACAUUUGUAAACAAGAAGAGAAGUUGGGCUCCUUGGUGGCAAAACAAGAUCUUGUCAUCAGCUUGUUGCCUUAUGUAUUGCAUCCUCUUGUGGCUAAGGCAUGCAUCACAAGCAAAGUUAACAUGGUCACUGCAAGCUACAUCACACCAGCACUAAAAGAAUUGGAAAAGAGUGUGGAAGAAGCUGGAAUUACAGUCAUUGGCGAAUUAGGAUUGGACCCUGGUCUUGAUCAUAUGUUGGCAAUGGAAACAAUAGACAAGGCCAAAGAAGUGGGAGCCACAAUUGAAUCGUAUAUUUCCUACUGCGGUGGACUUCCAGCCCCUGAACAUUCAAACAAUCCAUUGAGAUAUAAAUUUAGCUGGAGUCCAGUGGGAGUUUUGAUGAAUAUAAUGCAGCCUGCCACCUACCUGCUCAAUGGAAAGGUUGUGAACGUUGCAGGGGGAGUCUCCUUUCUUGACGCAGUUACUUCCAUGGAUUUUUUCCCGGGGUUAAAUCUGGAAGGCUAUCCUAACAGAGACAGUACAAAAUAUGCUGAGAUUUAUGGCAUUCCGUCUGCUCACACUUUGUUGCGGGGGACACUGAGGUAUAAGGGAUAUACCAAAGCUUUGAAUGGAUUUGUAAAACUGGGUCUUAUAAACAGAGAAGCAUUUCCCACCCUACGACCUGAGGCCAGCCCUCUCACCUGGAAAGAACUCCUCUGUGAUCUAGUUGGGAUUUCACCCUCCUCUAAGUCCGACAUACUGAAGGAAGCUAUUCUUAAGAAGCUCGGAGGGGAUAAUGCCCAGCUGGAGGCUGCUGAAGGGUUGGGCUUACUUGGGGAUGAACAAGUUCCCCGGGCAGAGUCCAUUGUGGAUGCACUCUCCAAGCAUUUGGUCAUGAAGCUUUCCUAUGGCCCUGAAGAAAAAGAUAUGAUUGUGAUGAGAGACAGCUUUGGAAUCAGGCAUCCUUCUGGACAUUUAGAGAAUAAAACUAUUGAUCUUGUGGUUUAUGGGGAUAUCAAUGGCUUUUCAGCCAUGGCUAAAACUGUGGGGUUACCUACUGCCAUGGCAGCCAAAAUGUUGCUUGAUGGUGAAAUUGAAGCUAAAGGCCUAAUGGGGCCAUUUUCAAAGGAGAUUUAUGGACCAAUAUUAGAGCGAAUUAAAGCAGAAGGCAUUAUAUAUACUGUACAAAGUACAAUUAAACCAUAAUUGGGAAUUUUUUUUUGUUUUAUCUUUCCUGGAAGCACAGCUCUAAAUAUCAGUGUGACAAACAUGCUUCCUAAUGUGUUAUUUUAAAGUCUGAAGAAUAAUAUGUCUUGAUUAA